AUGGCAUUGGACAUCAAUCACCACUGCCCUGUGUGUUCCAAGAAGGGCAACAGAAGAUGCCUGAAGCUGGGACACCUCAUCGAAUCUCGCGCCCGUGAGGAGAAGGUCGCCAAGAAAGACCACAACUCUAGCAACGUGGAGCACGAGGACAAACAGCAGCAGAAAAAUGCGAAAAGGGCAAAGGUCAAAAGCGCCCACGAGAAAACCAUGAAGCAGCUGAGGAAGGAAAUGCGACAGGAGAAGAGGGCAUCGUCGAGCGAUUAG